ACGAGUUUAGUUUGAUUAAACCUGAAUUAAAUGAGCUGUUCUUCCGCCAGUCAGUGAAUACAACAGAUAUAAUGUCUGUGAUCGUCUCAUGAGUAAUAACAUGUAGUCAGUGGCGUCUAUUCUACACCUGCUCAGGGUUUUCCUAUGAACGACCCAAUGCAUUUCCUCAGUUCUUCUUCCUUAGUAUCUGCAGCAGUAGCGGUGGAAUGAAUUUCAGGACAGAAGAUCCACAGACAGGAUGAUCUACAUCAUAAUGGGAGUCUCAGGCUGUGGAAAAAGCAGCUUUGGGGCUCACCUUUCAGAAAAGCUGGGCUGGACACUGCAUGAAGGGGAUGAUUUCCACCCACAGGAGAACGUUGAGAAGAUGGCUCAGGGGGAGCCGCUCACAGACGAGGUCAGUAAAGGACAGAUUUCCUUGGCUCCUGCGACUACAUGAAGUGAUUCAAACAGAAAGAUGCUCAGGCUCCGAUGCUUUAGUGACGUGCUCCGCCCUGAAGCGUCUCUACAGGCAGAUCCUGCUGCACGGCUCCAGAGCCCUCGACCAAGACAUCCUGCCUCCCGUCGCUCCUGAUGUCUUUUUCCUCUUCCUACAUGGGGACUACGGUCUCAUUCACCAGAGGAUGGUGGCCCGCAGGGGACAUUACAUGAAAGCCGACCUGCUGCGCUCCCAGUUUGAUGCUUUAGAGCCUCCGCUGGAUGAAGAGAAUGUGUUGUCUCUGGACAUCAGCAGGAGCGUUACUGAUCUAGGCGCGGAGGUCGAGCAGCACAUUAUCGGCCUCAAGUCGUCACCAGUGGUGCUGUAAUCAACACAGACAGACAGAGAGGCCGUCAUCAUCAAUCAUCAAUCAUCAUCAUCAUCGUCAUCGUCAUCAGGUGUUCUGUUGGUCGGUCAGUUCGUCUGCCACUUUGGUCCAGACUGAAACAUUUGAUCCGCUAUUGGAUGGAAUUCCAUGAAAUUCUAUACAAACAUUCAUGGUGCCAACAGGAUGAAGCGUAUUGACAAUGGUAAUUCUCAGAUGUUUCCUCUAGUGUUCCUCUUCCUCUCAACAGUUUUUCUCAACAGUUUUUAUAUCAUUUUAUAGUCUGUCAAAGCAACUUUCAUCCUCUGACAUCAAAUGCCAACCAAUCUAACAGUACAAUCUUCAGGCAGAAUAGAACAGGGUGGAAUGAUUAAAGGGGGUUAGAUUGAACAGCUUCCUGCUAGACAUCACUGUGAGGCCGGUUUGACUCUUCUCACAACAUCAUGUAGUUUCCAUAUGUACGGUCACAUCAGGUCAGAGCUUAUUGAUCCCCGUUUUAAAAAGUGACCAUUAGCACAAUGUCCUCUCUCUCUCUCUCACACACACACACACACACACACACGUCCCUCCACUCAGCACUGCAGAGCUGUUUUUGUUGGUGUGACUCAUCUUCAAACCUCAACUCGAAUAUUUUAGGAGCUUCUAAUCCAGAAAACCCCCCUUGGCUACUCUCGUAUCUCACACAUCCAGACGAACCGCCGCACAUACACACACUGCAACACACACACACACCACUGGAGAUUAAAACCCCCUCAACAGACGCACACAGGUUGUCAAGUGGAUCACACACACACAUAUCUGAUGUUGUAGUAUGCGUCUUGUGUGUCAGUUACUCCACAAGGUCUCCGAGAGCGAGGACACAAAGGCAGGAAUCGAAUAAACCGAGAGCAGUCCUCACACUACCACACACAUCUUAUUAUAAUUAUUAUAUUGUCACCAGUGAAUAUGACUUAAUACUUGUGUUGUUAGUUUUAAUGAAUUAACCACAUCACAGUUAUGUAAAGUAAAUUGUAGUAAUUAUAAACUGCACCCUUUACACAGCCAUAGAUGAGAUUUGUUUCAGAUUAAAACUAUUAUGUUUUGUAGCUUCAUAAUUCCAACCAUAUAAAUCAAAACUACUAUUACUGAAGUCCAGUGCCCCCUGGUGCUUCAAGUAAUAAAGUUCAAGCUUCAAUAGAAAAUCAUGGUCAAAUACAUAUUUAAAGUGUCUGAUUUGAGGGGUUUUCAUUGAAGGGCAUAUAAUAAUUUAUAAUAUACUAGUCAUAAUUUAUCAGUGUUUUAUAAAUGACUUUAUUUUUAUCAAUCAAGAUGGCAGACGUGUUGGUUUUCGACUCCAUUGUCUUUAGCGAGACUGUCGGGUGAUGCUGUUGAUCUUUACACCAACUCUGGAUACAACAUUAUGUUUUUAAGUGAGGAUUUCUUCCUUUUCUCUGUUUUAUAUGAAUAGAAGUGGAUCAUCAGCUGGCUGUUAGAUUAACAGUCGAGUUAUAGCCACAUGGGGAGCUGUGAUAGACAUUUUAUAGACUCAUGUUUGUUUUUUUACAGAUUAAUAAACAAUAUAAAAUCAUAAAAAACUGUACUGCACUGCAAACUGCAUAUUUGCAUGGUGAGAAAAAAUUAUUGUGUUGACAGAUUCAAAAAGAGAAGUUAAAAAAGACAACAAAGUAACAAAGUUCAACACUUUUUACUGAUUGUCUAUCAGAUCCACAGAUGGGGGGGGGGUAUGCUGCUCAGUUUAAUAAAUGAAAAAGAACCCAAAAUAAACUCAGUCCAUAUGACACACUGAACGUGAAUUUCAGCUCAGUUUAGGAAAAGAACAUUUUAACCCCAGACAUUGACACUGGUCACUGUCUAGAAAGAUGUUAGGCAAAGAGGGUUUUUAAGAAAUGACUCACCUAAGCAAAGGAAAUAAUUUUUCAUUUUUCUCAUAUCCAUUUUUCUUGCCUUGUUUUCUCCAGAGAGUGUUGAGAGGAUAAGUUGAGCAAAUCUGAGUUUCUGUGUCUGUGCCGCCUCAAGAUAAACAUUGACAUUCGAGCACAGAGUCAAGCUUUUCCAUUUUGAACACAUCUUUCAAGCUUUUGCCUUUGGAGACAAACUUGAUGAAUCGUCUGCUGCAUGUGGCCACUGCACAGCCUGUAGUGAACAAGAUAGAAGAGAAGAAAAGCAGCAACAACAGACGAUGCUCCUGGUUCAGUCUGUUGACUGAGACUGAGAGUGAAUCCUCCAUCAGCGUUCCAGGACAUCGGACUUCCUCUGGGUGUUCAAAGAUUUCAUUAGACUCUGUCCAGGUGGCAAGAUGAAAAGAGGCUUGAGCGUCAUAGUGUGUCUGCACAGAGAUUAAUAUUACAUGAACUACCUCUGAAUAUUUAUGCAACUGCUACAAGACUUAAGUGUGUGAUGAUUUAAGUAGCUGUACUGAUCUGCACCAGUGCAUGUCACUGACAGGGUUAAAGUGAUUGUAUCCUUGUUUUCACUCUAUAUAAACCUACAGUGUUGAGUCUGGAAGGACACAAAUUGUAAGUCUUAUCAUAACAACUCAAUAAAGUCUGUUGUUAUUUGUA